CGUUCAUUGGACACUGAAUGUGAUAAAUACAAGAAAAUAAAUUUAAAGGUCGAUCAAUGGAGGUUAUUGUUCGUGCAUCCAACAAGAGAAGUCUAUUUCUAAUCUUCCUUGUUUCUCUGGUUCUCUUUCGAAGUCAGAAGAGUACACAAGUCUCAGCUGUUAACUAUACCAAACCGCAUAGACAAGUCAGUAGCUUGAGAGCUGAGAGGAUCCAAACGCACUUAAACAAGAUCAACAAGACUCCUGUCUUCACCAUCCUGAGUCCAGAUGGUGAUGUAAUAGAUUGUGUACCAAAAAGAAAGCAGCCAGCUUUGGAUCAUCCACUCUUAAAGCAUCACAAGAUUCAGAGAGCACCGACGAGAAUGCCGCAGAUGAUGGGAAAGGAGAGAACCGAUGAUGUUAAAGAAGCAGCCAAUGUAUUGGAAAGUGCAUGGCAAAUGUGGCACGUGAACGGCACGAGGUGCCCCAAGGGAGUGUUCCCAUACGAUGCAACACAAUGAAUGAUGUGCUCAGAGCCAAGUCAUUAUUUGACUUUGGCUAAAAGCGACGUAGUAUUGACCUUGAUCGAAUAUUUUGCUUGACAGAAUUAUACGUACUUGUGUUUCAAAAAAAAAAAAAAGAGUUAUACGUACUUUCGCAUUGUCGAUACCUAUAUAUACGAUAGAAGUGUUAAUGUGAA